CUCUUCUAGCUGCUAGGGCACGCUUCCAAAAAUGGUUACCUUCUCAUCAUCAUCAUCCGACCCGCUAUCUCCAUUGUUGCCGCAAGCGAAUUCGCCGUCCGCUGCCGACGUUGAUGCCAUCACCACCACCGAUCCGCCACCGCCACCCUUGCCGGCGGUGAAGCUAGCUGGACCCAAACUCAUAGAGUUUGCGAUAGUUGCUCUCGUGUUUUUACUUUUUUUUGGCGGUAUGUGGACUGUUAUGUCAAUUAACGCAUCCAAACCCUACUCCCCCAGCGCCGACGUCGUUUCGGCAUUCGUGUCGAUUAAGAACAACAUCAGUAAUAUUGGGCCCGCUGGUAUGGGCCGUUUACUAACAGCCAACUGGGCCGUCACUCUUGAUCUCGACCACUCCAUCUUCUGCUGUCGAGAGGCCCAUCUGUACCAAGUCGAGGCUUCCGUUUUUCACUCCGCCGAAAACCGGCAAUAUUUGCUCGCUUCGACUCGGCGGUUCUACGGCUCGACCGCCGAUCCGAAGAUGGAGGGCAGCGCCGCACUCUCGAUUUAUCUGAGAGCGGAACAAGCGGACGUCGGAGAGCAUGUGGUGGCUGCCAUUUCUAGGGAAGUGGCGGCGGGUGGGGGAAAUCGGUUGCGGUUCCAAAUUCUGGCUCUCGUUUGGGUAUGGGUUGAAAAUGAUAUCUCGCAGAACCGAUAUUACUUGGCCCGGAUUAGUUGUGACCCAUUCUGGGUCGGAUCUCCCAGCAUCACUGCCAGGAAUUACUGGGAUACCAAGAAAUGUCAAGUUCAAGUGACCUCACAAAGAAAGCCAGCAUUUUUAGAUACAAGUUCGACAAGACUCAAUCUGACGAACACAAAUUAGGGCAAAUUAAAGCUCCAGACCAUUGUUUUUGCUACCUCGUUAUUGUGAACUUGUGCAACAAAUGGAG